AUGUCACUUCGACCCUCGGUCGCAUUGCCACAGGUUGACCAACACCAAGUCAGUGUUGGCACAAGCAGGGAGCGAGAAUUCUAUAAUGCCACCACCCCAGCAAAUGAAAUCGUCGCCCGAUCGUCUCCAGACCCUGCUCUGACGGCGUUUGCGCAACUGGGUGCUCUGCGACUAGAUGCCCAACGUGUGAUCAUCUCGCUAUUUGGUCGACAAGCGCAGCACGUUCUCACCGAGGCCACUCGGACCCUCAGCCUUCAGGAUGAUGUCCAUCACAACCUUCGUGACGAGCUUUGGAUUGGGCGUUGUACCCUCUCCUAUAGUCGCAGUUUCUGCAAAGUGGUUAUGAACCCACCGAAAGACGUGCCGAAGGCUAGUGACCGGAUAUUCGUUUCGACAGACCUACUACGGGACGAUACCUUCAAAGAUCAUUCAGAUGUGACUUCCUUGCCGAAUAUUCGCUUUUUGGCUUCCAGCCCCAUUAUCAGUCCCAAGGGGAUCGUGAUUGGCGCCUAUACAAUCCUAGAUAAUAAACCCCGUGAUCCGCUGGACACCGACAUACUCGAGUUUUUGGUCGAUAUCUCAACCACCGUGAUGGAUUAUCUGGACACCAGCCGGUCGAAAGCCCAGAAACACCGAGGCGAGCGCAUGAUGGUUGGUAUCGGGAGCUUUCUCGAGGGCAAAGGUAGUCUACGGAAUUCUUGGCUCACCGAGACCGAGGUUGCUCAAUCCCCGAUCGAGGAAAACAGCAAUCAUGAGGGCCGUGUUAAUCAAAAGCAACAAGACAAGCAGAUCUCUGAGGACGUCGCUAAAUCCAUGGCACCAAAUGGGACACCAAAUCAACUGCCUUUCCGCCCUGGCAAUCUUCAUCUGCCUGGGAAAUUCGGUUCCCAGAAACAUGGACAGCAAGGCAAAAUAGAUUCGAAGGCCCAGACAAAGCCGAACAACGCCCCUCAGGCGACAUCUACAGUUAACGACCAGCCAACAAAGCAGCCUCUAAGGGAUAGCCUUUCUUCUCAACUUGGGGAGGUCUUUUCGCGAGGCGCCAAUAUCAUUCGCGAGAGCAUCGAAGUCGAAGCAGUCGUCUUUUUUGAUGCCAGUUUUCGCUCCCAAAUGGCUCCAGAGCAAAAUAAUUCUGACUCUGAGACCAGCACCAUAGAAGGCCUUUCUUCAGGAGACGAAGAAGCCCUGUCUCGCGAAGCCGCCAGGCGCCGGGAAGAUCUAAUCGCCGAACAGGCCGAUGAUGGAGGUAAAGAUACGUUGGAUCCAUGCAAAAUAAUUGCGUUUGCAACUUCAAGUGCGUCUAGUGUGAACGACCAGUUAGCAGACGAUAAUAGAAUCGUGUUAUCCGAGUCAUUCCUCGGCGGGCUUUUACACCGGUAUCCUCGAGGGAAAAUAUUCAAUUACGGCCAGGACGGAGCUUUAUCAUCUGAUGACACUAGCGAUGGUGUGUUCAAGAAAUUUCUCCGGCGCCCCAGAGGCAGGAAAUAUAAAAGAACGCAGAGAUCAGUGUUACGGCAGGAUGCUGAGACACUUUUGCGACUUGCUCCUGAUUCUCGAAGUAUCAUCUUCUCACCACAGUGGGAUUCACAUAAGGGAAGAUGGUACUCCGGUAGCCUUACAUGGACAAAAGCCAAGCACCGGGUUUUUACCUCAGACGAUGAGUUGGCCUUCGUGUUGACGUUCGGACACAGUCUCAUGGCGGAAGUGCACAGGCUAAACGCUCAAUUUACCGACCGGGCAAAAGGAGACUUGCUCGCAGGACUUAGCCAUGAACUUAGGUCACCCCUUCAUGGGAUCUUUGGCACAGCGGAGCUUCUUAACGAUACUGUAAUGGACGCCCUACAACGGGGUUUUGUUCAUACGAUUUCCUCUUGUGCUUUCACACUUCUUGGCUCUAUCAACCAACUUCUUGAAUAUGCCAGCAUCAAUGAUGUUCAACCGAACUCAGCCACUACCCCCUAUGGCAGUGGUAAUACUGAACAAAGCUCUCCAUCAAAAGAUAAUCGACCAGGAGUCCGCUCGCGUUCGAAAUCUGGAAAUGUGGAUAUAGAAUCCUAUGUCGAACUUGAUGCUGCUGUGGAGGACGCGAUCGAAACAGUCUUCGCAGGCUAUGCCUUUUUCAACAGUACACGCUCUCCACUCCGCGGAGUAGCUGGCUUAGCAGAUCUCGGGGGCAGACCAUUUGACUCCCAAGGCGGAGUCAAAGUAAUCUUCGAUAUCGACCGCUCCCAGAGCUGGAAGUUCUCAACACGACCAGGGGCCUGGCAUGUGAUUCUCACAAAUAUAUUUGGCAAUGCGCUUAAGUUUACCCAGCGCGGCCACAUCCUUGUGUCUCUGAAAUCCACACCGACUAGAUUCGACAAGGAUGGUGCGGCCAAGCGGUCAAAGGUCACCAUCACUAUCAAAGACACCGGCUGCGGUAUUGAUCCUGAAUACAUGAAAAGUGGCCUGUUCACUGCCUUUGAGCAGGAAGAUAGGAUGUCAAUAGGGAACGGUCUAGGGCUCAACAUUACUCACCGGAUAGUAUCCUCUCUUGGAGGUGAUAUCCGGGUCAAUUCUGAAAAGGAUGUUGGCACUGAGGUUGUGAUAACCGUGAUCCUCGAUCAUAUGUCCGAGCUAAACACCCCCGAGGGUGAGAUCAGCCAGUCCCCUGUCCCUCCGGUGAGAGCACUUGUCCAUGGAAAGACGGUUGGGUUGUUGGGCUUAGGGAAUACCACCCUGGAUAUGGCCCUAUCUGCGUCGUUAGGGAAACUAUGCCAUGACUGGCUCAAAAUGGACGUCUGUUUGGUCAUACCGACGCAGACCCGUUUUGCUCAUUGUGACUUUUACAUUUCGCUCCAUGAAUACUUGGAUAUGGGGAACAUGGAAAUCAAGUCCAUUGCCCCAGGUGAAUCAGAACAUUUUUCCUCCCCUGUCAUAAUCAUAUGUUCAUCUCCGAGGAUCGUGCAUUCAAUGUUCGCAGCGGCUCGAAAGCGAGGAGAUGAAGAGGUUCUCGAGUUCAUUAGCCAGCCAUGCGGCCCACGCAAGCUCGCUAAAGCAUUGGAUGUUUGUAUGAAACGCCAGCAGCAGCGACUCGAUUUGGCCCGAGGAAGGCUUGAGGAAGAUGACAUUCCUUCACAAUCUGGGAACAAAGACAACUCCGAGGAACGCAAGAGAUACUCGCUUCUCAAUGUGCCGGAGUUAGGAGUCGGUGAGAAACUCAAAGCCGAAUUGACACACAAUCGACCGUCAAUUUCCAACCAUGGUCCGAGAAAUUCAUCUGAAAGGAGCCGAUCACGUCAGGAUCUCGAUAAUUCUAGAAAUCCGGUAAACGCGUCGGCGGCUCCGCCAGAAGAUCAAUCCUCUGAAAACCAGCCCCACCUUCAAACUGAAGCCGGACUGAUACCGCCCAUGAGUGUCCUCCUCGUGGAUGACAAUGAUAUCAAUCUCAAACUACUGGUUGCGUUCAUGAAAAAAAUGAAACACCACUUUCUACUUGCACACAACGGAGAAGAAGCCCUCGAGGCCUUCAAGGCAAAUUCGUCCAGCAUCAAAAUAAUCCUCAUGGGUAAGUUCAAGUUCCAAUCCACGUCGAUAUUCACGACAAGGUAUCUUACAUUCUCAAUAGAUAUUUCCAUGCCGGUCAUGGACGGCCUCGAAUCCACCAGGCGAAUCCGCAAGUUCGAGAAGACUUUGAAAAGUCAGGGCCGUGUUACUAUUGUUGCUCUGACUGGUGUAGCGCAAGCCGAUACACAACGCGAUGCGAUACGUUCUGGUAUGGAUUUGUUCCUGACGAAACCGGUGCGACUAGAUGGUUUGGCGCCAAUAAUUCAGGAUGCCAUAUCUACCACCCAGCCAACAGGAUACAGCGAGAAAUCUUAA